AUGGCCGCGCCGCCCGCAAUCCCACCGACGGCCGCGCCGACAAAAACGCCGAGCAAGGACCCCAUGAGGAAUGGCCACGUUCGGAUCGUUGUCAAGCUCGGCAAGGCCAAGUGUUGCCUCGUACGUUUGGCAGCGGAUCUCGGGCCACUCGAUAGCGCCCGCCAUUUGCACAAUGUCCGCGAAACUGUCGAGGUAUUGCUGGUUGUGCGAAUUGUAUCCGCCAUUGGCAUUCCCAACGCCGAGCCGAGUGGCCUCCGGAUGCGCGAGAAUCAAGUGCCGAAGGACAUUGUGCAUGUCGAGCACGUACGGCUGCGCAGCGUCGGCAACGCGGGCGCACUGUUGCACGAGUUCUCGUGAAAAGCAGACAUCGUCGACGUCGGUG